UUAUAAGGUGAAUUAACAAAUUGAUUAUUCAUUAAAAACACUAAUUAUAGUUUUGUUAGUGUACAUAAACUGUAUUUAUUUUGUAAUAUUUCAGUGAAAAACAACAGUCAUUAUGGAUUAAGAACAUCUGGGUAAGUUUAAUGGAAUGCCUUAUUUUUAUACGGGACUUAACGUAAAGUACUAUUAAGUUUUUACUUGUUUGUUACAUUUUUUAUUUUUACUUCGUCAGAUUCUACGGACUCCAUAUGUACAUUAAAAAUCCAAGUUUAUUGCAAGACAUUUCCUUAAAAUGGCAAAGGCAUCAGUUGUAUUAAGUUUUCAUGAAAUUCUACUACAUAAAUCAGAUGUUGAUCUUCUUGAUGGGCCAUACUGGCUAAAUGAUACAAUUAUAUCAUUUUACUUUGAAUAUCUUGAACGAGUGUUAUUUAGUAGUGCAAGUGAAUUGCUGUUUAUAUCACCAGAAGUUACUCAAUGUAUAAAAAUGGUACAGACAGAAGAAAUAAAGACAUUCUUAGAGCCACUCGGUAUAAGUAAAAAGAAUUUUGUUUUUUUCGCACUCAAUGAUAAUGACUUACCUGAUAGAGCAGGGGGAUCACAUUGGAGUCUUCUAGUUUAUUCUCGUCCAGAGAGCUGUUUUUUUCAUUUUGACUCUUCAUCAGGAAGUAAUCACAAUGUGGCUUGGGAGUUUGCUAGUCAUUUAAUCACAUAUUUCUCAAAUGGAUCUUUCAAUUUUGUUGACAAAGAAUGUUUACAACAAAGCAAUGGUUAUGACUGUGGAGUUCAUGUCAUUAGCAACACAGAGAGACUUGCUGAAUAUGCACAUAAUCUUGGACAAAUAGGAUCCUGUGAAAUGCUAGUCAAAGUUAACCCUAUUGCAAAGAGAAGAGAUAUACUGUCAAUUAUAAAAUCCCUUGCAAAUUGUAACUAAUACAAUUUAAUUGUCUUUGUAAUAUACUACAGAUUAUUUUAACACAAUAAUUAUUUUGCCACCAUGUAAAAAUUUAUUAAACACCUAUUUAUAUAAAACAGUAGUCACUAUUAAUUUUUAUAACACCCAUGCAAACAGAUAUUAUCUAAAAUUUUAAUUUUUAGUACCAGUACACAUAUAAAGCUCAUUUCUGCUUAACAAUGCACUUGAUUAUUUAUUCUUUUUAUGCAGCUAUUACAUUUAUUUGUAUAGAAGUUUUUAAUUUUAACUUAUUUUAAAUACAGUUUUGAUUUUUCGUAUUCCACUCUUAUAUUUAUUUUUACAGACAUUUUAGUUGUAAAUUUAUAUUUUAUAAAUAGUUUAAAUAAGAAAAAGCUUAACUAUAACCUAUUUGGCUCUCUACAAAACUUUUAAGAUACAAAGUUAAAGUACAGUAUUCAUUUGAGACACACAGGUCUUUUAAAGUCAAUUGUAUAAAAUACAGAACAAUUUUUACCAGUUUAGACAUCAUUAAAUCUAAAACAAGUAUUAGUCAGU